GUUAUGGUAACAAAGGGGGGUGUUAUUUCUAGAAACAAUGUAUAUUGAUAGACAAGAUAAUUCACAGAAAAGGAAGGACAGUUGGUCUUGUGAAAAUAUAGGGACAAUUCUGAAAUUAAAUAGAGCAUUACACAUACCUAGAUUAUGGUAAAAGUAAUAAGUAGUGACAUUUUGAAGAAGCUUAGGACUUAGUUGUGUUAGGAUUGGAUAUUCUUUCAACUGGAAGACACUUGACUGAUUACAUGAUAUUCUUACAGCAGUUGCUGUAGGGACCAUAAUUUGGCUAUCAUUAUGAAUAUUUUUGUGGCAAGAGGUCAGGUAUUUGAGACAGAAUGUUUACAUAACAGAAUGUUAACAUAGGGCUGUUAUUUAAGAAAGUCUGUUGUCAGGAAAUAACCCAUGUGUUAGUAUGUAUGUUCCCAGGAAAAGAGGCCAGAUGGAAGGGCAUGGGCUGAAUUCUGGAGACUGAGUCUACAUCAAGAUACACCAGGCUGGGGAUAUACUUCUUACAGCACCUGCAGUGGUAAAGAUCGUCAUGUCUCUCUUUGAUGGGUGCAUAAGUUUCACAAGAAGUAAGGUCCAGCUGAAUAAUGGAAAGAAGGCAGAAACCUGAACCAGGAUGAGAGGUUCCACAUCGGAUGAUCCAAGGGGACCAGAAGGACCUCUCCCAGUGGUACCAGGAGAUCUGGUCUACAUUCGAAUGUUCCGAAGGAAGUGGGAUCAGCCGAGGAGAGAAGGACCCUACGAGGUGGCAGCAGCCACAAUCACGGCUGUCCAAGUGAAAAGAAGCAAGACGUGGUAUCAUCUAAACCACUGUACCGAGUCCCGACGGAGAGAAGGACACAACCAUACAGAGAUGAGGACACAGAGGAUGCUGAUUCACCAGAGAGGAGCCCGGAGGGAGCAGGAGCAGCGGAAUCGAUCAAAGCCCCGGGGAGGACUCAAGAAAAUGGCAGACCAAAUACAACGAGUGCAUCAGCUAACACACUCCGAAGAAGCACCAGGGGAAAAGAGCCUGAAAAGAAAAGAGCCUGAAAAGUAAAGAGACAAACGACCAAAGUCUCCUCCAGUAUGGCCAGAAGGCCCAGAAGUGGGGGGGGGGUAACAUGUCUGCUACUACUGAUGAUAUACCGGUUGGGGCAGACCUCUUUGACAGAAGCCCUCUACAGUGGGACCCUGAGGUAUCUCCUAAAGAAUGGGAACAUCUCUUCCCUGAAAUGGAUGCCUUCUCAGAUGGAAGCCAGGUUCGGCCUGAGGAGGGAACAACAGGAGAAGAAAGCGGAGGAGAAGCAUUAUACCAAGAACAGAAAUCCUGCAAGAUGAAAGAAAUGGGGAUUUCCCAAAAAUUGAUUUUUCAGCUCUUACCUGAUCUCCAUAAUGAACCAUUGGAAUUAGGACCACGAAAGAACAUUGACAAUGACAGAAUAAGAGCGACUGAGGACAAUACGAAGAUGAUGCACGCACUCACAAUCAAGAUAAAUGAUAAAAGCAGGAAGAGAAGAGAGGAACCUGUCGAACGAGGUAAAUAGGUUGAUAGGUUUAAAUUUCAUGUUCCCUCACAAUUUCUAACAGAACCAGGGGAACAGAGGACAGUUUCUGUAUGGAAGAAGAAACCUGUACCGGAGGAGCCACUCUGUGGAUGGACGCAUCAUAUAACAAAGGGAGAAGCUGUUUGGGACCUCAAAGGAUGUGACCUGACAUUAACCAAACGUGUGGAAGGCUGGGAGUUUAUCAUGAACAAGAUGACACCAGCAGAAGGUGAAGAAUUUGAAAUUGAAAUAACAAGAACAGGACUGAGUGAAGGAAACAGUUACAAAUAUGUUAAAUUGGGUCCUAUGCCAGCACCUGAACAAAAACUGCUGGUGACAACCAAAGUAAUGACAACAAUGGUGGCGGCUGCUGUAACGACCAACUACCACUGAGAUGACACCAACUGCUCUUACCAAGCAGACCACGGCAAUCACAAAGACACCUGACACAUCAGAGCCAAAAACAUUCUUUAAUGAGAUUUGGAAUUCUUUUUCAAACUCAAAUGAUCUAUCUCAUGACAAGAACAUUGCCAAGAUGACAGAUAUAGACGUAUCAGACUCAGAAUCGUUCAAGGACACCACACAGGAAGAAGAGGUGAAAAAUGAAUGUACCUGAACCUGCAUCGUUUGAAGAAAUGUGUUAAAUGUAAAAUGUACAAUAUUCAGAAAAAAUACUACAUUCCUUUGUGUGACACAGAAUGUAGGAUUGCUCGAGGGAGAACUAGAGGCAGGACUGUGUUGAACAACACUGGGUUGGGUGACAAGGAUUGUGCUGUCUAUAACAUUUGAACUGAAUUAAAUGGACCUUUGUUAGAUGGAAACACUGUGAUUAAAGGAAUAUAUGAAUGUUUUUACAGCCAUAACACCGAAGGUAUUGAUGUAGGAAACACCACUGUAGAAUGUGAUACUAUUUGGGUACUAGAGACUGCAGGGGUUCGUAGAAAUAAAGAUAAAGGGUUGGUGAGGAAUAGAAAAGGGUUGUGUGGUAAAAUAACUCAGGUUGCGCCAUCUCUUAUUAUGCUAAACAAUCAAGACAGAGGUCUUGCGGAUAGUUCUGGAUGUGUGGAAAUAACAAACUGUUGAAUGUACUGCCAGAUGGAUGGAUUGGGUCUUUGUACUUUAGUUAGAGCAAUUCAACAGGUAACCAUUUUUAAAUCACCCCAUGAUGACUAUGUUAACUCUAGAGUUAAGAGGGCGUAUGAGAAAUACACUGAGGUAUACUUUGAUGCAAUUGGACAGCCUAGAGGGGUACCUCGGGAGUUUAAGGCAAGAGAUGAAGUUAAAUCUGGAUUUGAAUCUAUAUUUUUGUGGAUAACACCAAAUAAGAACUUAGAGUGGAUUACUUAUAUAUACUAUAACCGACAGAGAUUCAUUAACUAUAAUGACUCGGCUCUAACUGCGUUGGGGGAACAGGUACAGGCUACCAGUAAAAUGUCUUGGCAAAAUAGACAGGCUCUCAAUUGGCUUUUGGCAGAGAAGGGUGGAGUUUGUGUUAUGUUCGGGGAUGAUUGUUGCACCUUUAUUCCCAAUAACACUGCGCCUAAUGGAUCCUUUGCAAUCGCUAUGGCUAAACUUAAAGGGUUAAGAGAAGAGGUUAAGAAAAAUGCUGGGGUGGACUCUCAUGUUUGGGAUUGGUUGGACUUAGCAUUGGGGAAAUGGGGAGCCAUGUUUGCUAGGAUGACCUUUAUGCUGGGAGGGGGGAUAUUGGCUCUGGGUAUUGUAUUUUGUUGUGUUUUACCCUGGGUGAAAUCACUUGUGAUCCAGACAACGGUUAAACAGAUGUUUGUAAGUAGAGCUGACACUCUGGUGAUAGUUAAUCCUGUGCCGGGUAGGCCAGGCCUCUAUACUGAUGGGAAUGGACAGUUAUGCAAUGUGGUUGGUGGACCCCUUGACUGCUCUUUUGGUAAUCCAAACUGCCUGUAUGGAGUGGUCUCUGGAGGUGGUUACACUUGCCAGGGUUUUCAUAAGGAUGGUUUACAUGUAGAUGCUGACAUUCCAAAUUCAUAGGACAGUCAACUGAUACGUAUCCACAAAAAGGGUAUUUUCCAUAGUAAAUACAGGGGUACUAUGUAUGGUUUUAAUAUUUCUAUUUUUGCUUAUGGUCUUGUGUUUUUGUAUGUUUUGUUGAAUGUUUUUAUAGGUAUAUCGAUGAAUAUAUCUGGGUUUUCUUUUAAUUUAAAAGUUAGUUUUGCCAAAAACAUGAAGGUAACAGUGGGAUAUCCCGGUUAUAAGUGUCUAUGGACUAUGUACUUAAUCUUUUAACAGAGGUUGGUAUCAUGUUUGUUGGAGAGGUGUCUGAGAGGGAGGAUCAUGUUGAUAGCGUAAAUUUAGAAUGAUGUUGUGUCAAUUUUAUUUUGAAUUGUUUUUUCUUUUUCACAUAACUGAGAUAGUCUUAGGCAAGGCUAUGUGCUUAUGCUUCAACAAAGUGUACUGUAUUUCUUUUAUUGUUUGUUUCUAACUAGAUCUUUUACUCUUAUGUAAUACUAGAGAUGUUUGGUCUAGUUAAUUAGGAAGCUUGAUUUUUGUUAAUCAACUGUUGAUAUUAUGUUCCGUAUAUGUCCUUUAAAGUUUUUUGGUGCUUAUUAAAGCACCAGAGGGAGGUUAUGUGGGUGAAAUUGGUUAUGUGGGAGAGAUUAUAUACAUGAUUUGAUAACAAAAGAGAAAAGGUACACUUAUGGGUUCAUUCCCUGUUCUGGUAAAAUGCAUUUUCUAUUGUAUAGGGCAGGAAGCAGUUAAAGGCCAUAGGGGACACUAAAAAUGCAGACACAUAGACGCUUAAGACCAGCUGGGCAUACAAGGAUCAAAGGGAUAGAAAAAGGAGGGGGGUCAGCCAAAUGACCAACUGAUGGAUUACAGACAUCAAUUGCAGGGACAGAGCAAGCCUAUAGUAUAGAGGAAUGUAUAGUAUUUUUAGGGCAGCUGGACACUAAAAACUAGAGAUAAAGACAUACAAAGGGACACAUGGAGUUAAUUACAGGGUAUGAACACAGGCCACAGGAAAGGGGGAUGUAUAUUAUCUUUAGGUCAAAGCAAGGGUCUUGUCACCAUUAGGAUCAAAUGGAAAGCAGAUGGGGGCGUUAUUGGGCUGAACAAGCAGAAUGCACGGAUUGGGAUGUAACUUAAUUUGCAUAUGGGAGGGACUUAUAUGGUAGGUGUAUAACUCAGAGCGAGGGCUCUGAAAAAGGGUGUGGGUCCCGCGGGGCUCUCCGGCUUAUGAUGCGGGUGUAUUAAAAGUCUAUCAUUGAAUUCAAAGUUCUUGGUUGUCAUAUUUGAACCGAUUUUCCACUACACUAUUGGGGUGUUCUAGUUAAGUCUAUGGCUGUCUGAAGUGGUUCUCAAUCAGAGGCAGGUGUUUAUCGUUG